AAAACAAAAUGUAUGUUUACUAACUUAGGUCUUUGAGCUGCAGCAGUUUUGUCUUUCGGUGUCCUGUAUGAAAUGAAUAACUACAGUUAAUAGUAGGAGGAAAAGUAUUUAUAAGAUUAUUUAAUAUUCUACUUAAAUCUUUAACACAUGCGUGCACCGCGCUUAACAUCAAUGUUGCAAAUUCGUAAAUUAUGUAAACGUUGGUUUGAUUAGCAGCGUGUGUUGGGUAGUCUUUGGACUAGAAUUUGUGUGUGUUUCGUUUUUCGAAAAUUUGACGUGUUAAAUGUUGUGAGUUCUUAUUGAAUACUUAAGUUCCCAUGUAAUGCAAAAAGAAGAGUAGCUGUAAAAUUAUUGUCUCGUUCUGUCCAGACCUCUAAAUUCGUGUAUCAUCUAAACCUGGAGUUUUCUUUGUCAUGGACAUGGCGACUCGUGAUGAUAUGGGAGGAUUAAUGUGGGUGAGUGACAUGCUGCUGCCACACGAUCCCAACAUUGUGAUGAUGGAUACUCCUUCGCAAAGCUCCUUCUUUUCUGAAAGCCCGCAUCCAUUUGACGAAAUGAGAGAUCGAGUUGGUGGUCUGGACAUGGACGGGUUCAUGAUGCUGGAUGAGUUCGAUACUUACUGUGAGUCGCAGCCCCAGUACAUGUCAACUGCCUCAGCUGCCACACAAACUCCAAGUCAGCGGGCCCGCAAAAUCAAGCCGGUCAAACAUCCCGCACUGAAACUGAAGACCCCAAUAGCAUAUCAGAAAGAUACCGAUCUUAGCGUCAUCCCCAUCCAAAAGGAUGGAAUGGCUGUCUGCCAGACUUGUGGAGCAAUCGGAGUGAAACACGCCUUCUACACUAAAGAAAGAAGGUUCUGCAGCCUUUCCUGUGCUCGGCAGUACGCAGAGUUGGAGAAAUCUGGGCAACCAAUUCCAAAACCACUUCCUGUGUUUCAUUUUGAGCGAAUGGAAGAAACAAAAAGUAUAUCACCUGAGACCUUAAAUUCUAAUUCAUCUGUUACUCCGUUACCAUUGGCCAUUACACUCGAUGAACCUAUGGACCCACCACUGAAGAGAAACAGAGCUGAAAUUCCAAACACAUAUGAAUGGAAGAAUCAGCUGUCUGAGCCUGGAUUUAUUGCUGCUCCAGUAUCCUGUUUCAAACAUGCACCAAUUUAUGAAUGCUGGGACAACAUAACAGUUGGAAUGAAGGUUGAGGUCGAGAAUACAGACUGUGAUAACUUCUCAGAAUCAUUUCCAGACUCAUUUUGGGUUGCAACUGUACUGAAAAUAGCAGGUUACAAAGCAUUGCUAAGGUAUGAAGGCUUUGGACAAAAUGGUAGCAAAGAUUUCUGGCUAAAUUUGUGUUGUAAUACUGUGCAUCCUGUUGGAUGGUGUGCAACCAGAGGAAAGCCGCUCAUUCCGCCAAAGACAAUUCAAGACAAAUAUAAAGACUGGAAAGAAUUUCUUGUAAAAAGACUGACUGGUGCGCGGACUUUACCUUCAAAUUUUUCAACGAAGAUUGAAGAUAGUCUCAUAUCCAGAUUUAGGUGUGGUAUGAACUUGGAAGUUGUGGACAAGAACAGAAUAUCAAGGAUGAAGGUUGCAAGAAUUGAAAAAAUAGUUGGCAAAAGACUACAUGUAAAAUAUUAUCAGGCAGAACAAGAUGAUAAUGGUUUCUGGUGUCACGAAGAUUCCCCUUUGAUUCAUCCUUGUGGAUGGUCAGAACGUGUGGGGCAUUGUAUAUCAGCACAUCGAAGCUAUAUGGAAAGAUGUAUAUCGGGCAACCUGCAUGAAGAUGAUGCCACAGAAGAAUAUUUUAUAACACCAAGAACAAUUCAUUAUCCACCUGAUAUUGAAUUUAGGGAAGGAAUGAAACUUGAAGCUGUAGAUCCAUUGAAUUUAUCAUCAAUUUGUGUGGCAACUGUUAUGAAGGUACUGAAAGAAGGGUACAUAAUGAUACGAAUUGACAGCUAUGAUGCAGAUGAAUCUGGAGCGGACUGGUUUUGUUAUCACAGCAGCUCACCUUGCAUAUUUCCAGCAGGUUUCUGUGAUACGAAUUCAAUUCCUCUUACUCCUCCUAAGGGCUAUGACCCGUCAGAAUUUGACUGGGAAACCUACCUCAGGGAAAAUAAUCUUGAAACUGUGCCGUUGGCGUUGUUCAACAGGGAAGUUCCUGCUCAUGGCUUUGUAGUGGGAAUGCGUCUUGAAGCUGCAGACCUUAUGGAUCCAAGACUGGUGUGUGUUGGAACAGUAUCACGUGUUGUGGGUCGCUUAUUGAAGGUACAUUUCGAUGGUUGGGAAGAGGAGUAUGACCAAUGGCUGGAUUGUGAAAGUCCUGAUGUCUAUCCUGUAGGGUGGUGCGAGUUAGUUGGACAGAAAUUGGAAGGUCCACGGGUGACUCCGAAGGCAAAUGCUGCCACAGGUAAAACCCCAAAAGGAGUGAGGAAGAAGCCAAGACGCAGGCACAAACGUACCGCCAUUACUGGUGGGAAGACAUCUCCUGCGGGCUCAUUGACAGGUGGCAGCCCUCCAGGUGGGAGAAGAGGUCCCACCACGUCUCCUGCUACACUCUCAGCAGAUAUCGGUCUCAUUGCUCAACAACAUUCAGCCUCCAACCCUGUGCCUUCAACUGCUGUUGCACCUGUAACUGCAGCGACAGUGAUGUCUACACCGAUACACAUGCAGACGAUGCCUGCUGCAGUAACAUCUGCUAUGCCAGAGAGGGAUCGUCUACCUUUCCGUGAACCUGCACAGGCUACUAAACUCUCAAUCGAUCCUCUUACAGGUGAAGGAGCAUCAUUAUCACGGGAACCAGAAACUGCACAAGAGCCUGCAGGUCCUGACCAGUCACUCCCUGUGCCUUCUGAGCCAAGGCAGCCAGUGCCUGUGGCACCCAGCGGAGGCCAAAAUCAUCCACGUUCCACGUCAUACGUCAGUACUACAAGUUCAAGCACAAAACUUAUUCCACGGUUGGUUGAUGCAAAUAGUCCCUCCGAGCCUGGUGAGCUGGCACCUGCUCAAUGGGAUGUGUGCGAUGUUGCGCAGUUCCUUAGGGUUAAUGAUUGUGCAGCAUACUGUGAAAGUUUCAGUAAACAGAAAAUUGAUGGCGUAAAACUCUUAUCGCUCACCAAAGAUCAGAUCAUAGAGUUAACUGGACUGAAAGUUGGGCCUUCACUUAAGAUAUAUGAUAUGAUUCAACAACUAAAAAUAAAGGUAAACCCAGCACAAGAACGUUUGAAAGCCAGCCUAAAGAAACUCUUGUGAAAGUGAACUUCAUACAGCUGGAAGGUCAAAAAGCUUUAUUUAAUGAACAGUGUGUUUGUGUAUGUGUGUGCUUGUGUUUAUGUGUUGUAACUGCCUUGACAGUAUUAGUGAUAACAAGAUGUUACUGAUAACACCAACAAAAGCAGCAAUAGUUCAGUUUAGUGAUAAUUACUGAGUAUGCCAGCACCUUAUUGCUAUUGCAUGAUAAAACAUCACACUAUUUUCUAUUAUCAUGUACCACAUGUACAAGUAAAUAAUUUGCAUUGUAAGGACUGUACAGGUUCGUUAACAUUGUGUCUCAUAUCAUAGAUAUAUUUUUAACGACAUAGUUGAUUGACGACAGGGUCUAUGUAUGUGAAAUGCUUAUAAAUUCAUACGUGUUGCAAGCAAAUUAAGGCAUCACACAAUUUAGUGUGUGAGUGUGUUUUGAAUAAAGGCAACUUGGCCAGUGUAUGAAAGUUAAUGCUCUAUUUAUUGAUACAUUUUAAAUAGUUUACUGGUACAGGCAGUCCUAUGUCGAGCUGACUAGUCUUAAAAGUCUUUACUUAACCAAAUAUGUGCCAUUGUAAGAAUAUUUUUAGUCUGCAGGUUCAGUAUGUUAGUUUAAUUGUAUACAUUCUGUAUUUUAUAGUAGGUGCAAAUGUACUUGCCAGUAGAAAUUGAGAUUCUUAUUCCUGCUAAGUACCAAACAGUAUUUCCAGGAACAACACUUCCGGUGAACUGGCAGGCUCGGAUAUAGAGUAUUGUGCUGUCUGCUGAGGUGUUUGAUUGUAUUUAUAUUACCAUCAGCUUCAACUUAUCUGACUGCCUGUAGAUAUUGUCCUUAAUAAGGAUUUUUUUUAUUUCUGUUGACACAAAGUUUUUACUGUACUUUUUUUUUAAGAAGUGUGACACAAUAGUCUGAUUUUAAUAUUUUAUUGAAACAAGGAAUCUCUUUUUCUCUUUACCUAUAGAUUAUUGCACGUACCAAGAGUGUAUGCACCAACAGCUGUGGAGUGUAUUUUUUUAUAUGGCAUAGGUGUAUCUUGCUUUAUUCUAUAGCACAGUGCUGUUAUGUUCCAUGUAAAAAUAUUUAUGAAUUGAAUCGGGUCUAAGCUGUGUGAACACAACCAAAUUAAACUGUAAUUGUAUAGUAUAGGAACUGUAUUGUAAUAAUAAUGAUAGCAACCUGAAGCACAGUUUGUGCAUUUGCCUUUUCAAUAUGUUCCAAGUGUGAUACUUUGUGAGAGUUUUUUUUUUUUUUUAAAGUGUGAUGAGUUGAGAGUGGUGUUCCCGUUCAUUUAUCUGGUACUGAGAGAUUGUGUACCUAAUGUUCCAGUACUGAUUGCAGCAAACCUUUUAUAUGGAUUAUAUUUUAUAAAAUUUCAUGGUCAGAAGGUGUGGCAUCGAUAAUCUUUUAUUAUUUGAAACUGACAUGUGUAAAAGAGAGAAACAAAUACAUAAAUUGGAUUGAAA